AUGCUGCACCUCGGCGUCGCCCCGCUGCUUCUGCUGGUGCUGGGGGCCAGCCUCGGGGCCGCCUUCCCCCGGGGAGCCCUGAAGAAGAGCUGCAGCCUGUCCAAGUACCAGUUCCUCGAGCCCAGCGAGCUGAAGGCUGUGCAGAAGAUGAAGGAGCAGUUUGAGGACAUCAUGCUGCUGUCGGAGCGCAAAUGCAACAGCAGGCUCUUCCAUCGGAAAUGGAGCCCGGCGGAGCUGUCGCUGCACCAGCAUGGGGAUCUGGAAGCAGAAUCUCACAGAGGCUUUUCUAAGACACUUGGUGUUCGAGUCGCCUACAAACACUGUCCCCACCCACCUGGCAAAGGAGCAGGGAUCCGCUGCCAUGGCAUAGCCAGGGAGGAGGCAGGCGGCGAGGUUCGAACAGAGGCACCCUCCAGCUUGUAG